GCAGUGCUGAUAUUUUUGGAGUUAUAUUAAAAUAGCCGGCAGUGUAACUAACAAAGAAAUAUGCUACAUACACUGAAACAUCUGCUGUGCUCAGUGAAUGUGGUGUUUGCUGUGAAUUUGAUUCAAUCCACAUAACUGGAUAUGUACAGAUAUUAGGUUAUAUAUACACAAUUCUUUGUCCUGCCACUCGGGGAGGUUUCCUAGGAACAAAGUAAAGAAUGUGCGCGUUUUAUAUAUUUUGUUAUUCUACAGAGAUAAACAAAGCAUUUGGUCUCGGGUCGGGUUUGUAGGGAUUGUGGAUAAAAUGUGCAGUUUGGUGGGUGAUUCUUUGUAACAUGGAAGGAUGGUCUUCAUAGAUGUAUUGCUUGAGUUGUGUUUGGAGCAUGUACAAACAGCUUAAAUAUCCUUGUAGCGCAGGCUCUGAUGUUUCCAGAGAUAUGAGGCAUUAUUAUAUUAUGUUUUUUUUCUUGACGGUAUUUUUUAGAUCUAUUGUGUUUGAUCCGCCUCCUGGUCCACCACUGCCUUUUUCAGGGACUAAAGGGUUAAGGGUCAUUUCAUAUGAAUUGCAAGGUCUUAAAAUCUGAGAAAUAGAGGGACAGCUAUUGGCAACAACCUUGGAUAUCAUCAGGUGAUACACCCAAUUAUUCACCGUGGACAUCAAGACCUGUGAGCAAUUCCACUGUGAUCCAUGACGAAAGAAAAACAUGAUUGUCCAGGCGGAACAAAACCUUCUCAAAUGAAACAGAACAAACUCUUUUAUUUUGUUGAGUAGGUUCUUCUUGGUCUGGUUGUAGUCUGCCGUCCUUGACUUUGUAGAAGGACUUUGUGUAUGUGCUUCACAUCAGGGCUGCGGGCUGCGGGCUUGUUGUUCUGGAUGUUUCUGUUAUUCACCGAAAGAAACCAAUUUAUCUGCUAUUGUGUCCGGUCAUAUUGUAUCUAGCAUGAAUUCAGCAAGGAAUCACAUGGGCUAUUCAGUGGAACAAAUGGCCGACAAUACAGCACCUGCAACUUGCAACAUCUGCAACAAAUACAGCACAUUCAACUCAGGGGAAGAAACCAAAAGGAACAAACUAUUUAAUACUGUACACGUGAUGUUCACAUCUUUACGUUAUGAUUGAGAACAAUAAUCCAUUUUACUUAAGCUUUACUCAAGUCAACUGCAUCUAUGUUGCUCAGCAUAUUAUAAUAAUCAGAAACAUUAUCAGCUUUUUCUGUUCAGGUUGUGAGCAACUUAUGAAAAACCAUGAAUUAUUGAUUACUUUAUAUUGAAUGAUUGAUAUUUAAGCAAAAAUGAACAUUUCGUAGACAAUCACAUCACCUUGAAAACAGAUGGCUGCAUUGUUACGGUAUGGGUUUGUUUCCUGUUUUAUUUUGUAGUUUCCUGCCUCUCGUUGUGCCUGUGUUAGCUUCACUUCCUGCCCUGUGUCGUCCCCUGUGAUUGUCUGCCGUGUCCCUGAUUGUUUCCACCUGUGUCCAAUCACCUGCACCUUUAAACCACGUGUGUCCCUUGUCGGUUCAGUGUACUGUGAGGCUCGUUGAAGAGGUUUAUUUGGUUGGUUUGCCUUUUGGUGGCUGGUCGCCUCUGGGAAUUCUAUAGCUAUGUAGUUAAAUAAAGUUCUCUGUGUUAAAACUGUCCUCCAGUCUCCGGUCCUGGACUUCCUCGUGACAUGUACUUUUAAUGGGUAUUUUGAAUUUAAAAAUUUCACGACUUCCAUGACUUCACCUGUAAUGAUACACUUGACUAAAAACACUAAAAGAAUUGUGGCACUUAAAUUGUACUUGUAAUGGCUUUUAUUGCAAGUUGUAAAUCGCCUUAAUUGAUGAAAUGGGUCUGUCUUGUUCUUCUGGGUUUGUUUCCUCGUGUUUGAAAUGCAGUUAUUUUACGUCGCUUUGGAUAAAAGCCUCAAGUAAAUGACAUGUGCUGUAAUGUAAAAUAACAUGCUUUCUUUGGAAAAAAAAGAAUUAGCCUUUUGGACUCUAGAUGGUUCGGAGCGGAAUGUUCCGUCUUUUGAAACACUAAUGUAGACAUGCUGCUAAGGGACAUUUUAAACUGCACUCCUCAAAACACACACUCCAAGAACACUCGGCGUGAGGGGGGGAAUUGGGAAAGACAGAACUGCGAUCUGCUCGUUGUCAAGUCACACGGUUUCUCUCUGGGGGGAACAUGCGAUGAGGGGAGGGGGUUACUGACUUUGGGAUAUCCUUUGGCGCUCGUGCAAACCUCAAUCUGUGCGCACGCAGCUGGAGGAGAGGACUGCAGUGCCCCACGACGAUCAAAUGACCACGCAAAGGAUCUUUAGAAAGGGAGAGUGCUGACUUGUGGAUCAUAUCGCAAUUUCACUUGAGGGCAACUCACGCAAGCGACCCUAACAGAGGUAACCUCGGUCCCUUUCUGUUUUAUUGGGAUGUGACCGCGAGCUGCUGUGAAGUGGCGCUUUUACUGUGUUGCGCACGAUGGAGGCCUUUUUACGCGAGCAGGAGAGUUGGGAGCCGAAUGUUUCCUGGAGCCACUCGCUGACAAACCACAGCCGAAACGCCACCGCGAACCCCUUGAAACGAAAUGAAGAAGUGGCCAAAGUUGAAGUCGCCGUCCUGGUCCUGGUGCUGCUGCUCGCUCUGACCGGCAACCUGUGCGUCCUGCGCGCGAUCCCCGCCGCCAAGCACGGCCAGUCCCGGAUGUAUUACUUCAUGAAGCACCUGAGCAUCGCGGACCUGGUCGUCGCGGUCUUCCAGGUCUUGCCGCAACUCAUUUGGGAUAUCACCUUCCGCUUCUACGGGCCCGAUUUGCUGUGCAGGCUGGUCAAGUUCCUGCAGGUCGUGGGCAUGUUCGCGUCCACCUACAUGCUGGUCUUGAUGUCCGUGGACAGGUGCCUGGCGAUCUGCCAGCCGCUCCGCUCCGUGCACAGGGGAAAGGAUCACGUCUACGUGGUCGCCUCCUGGACGCUCAGCCUGAUGUUCAGCGCGCCUCAGGCGUACAUCUUUUCCGUGAGGGAUGUCGGCGACGGCGUCUACGACUGCUGGGGGGACUUCGUGCAGCCGUGGGGGGCCAAAGCCUACAUCACGUGGAUGAGUCUCAGCAUUUACAUUCUGCCCGUGGCGAUUUUAAGCAUCUGCUACGGUUUGAUCUGUUUUAAAAUAUGGCAGAAUUUCAAUUUAAAAACCAGAAAGGAACACUUCUUGGCUCUCUCUCAGAGGCCCUCCAAGGGCGCGCAGCCCCUCGGUCGCGUGAGCAGCGUGAGGCUCAUUUCCAAAGCGAAGAUCCGCACCGUGAAGAUGACGUUCGUUGUGGUGAUUGCUUACAUCGUGUGCUGGACUCCUUUCUUCUUUGUCCAGAUGUGGUCUGCGUGGGAUCCUGCUGCACCAAGAGAAGACAUGGCAUUCAUCAUCGCCAUGUUACUGGCCAGUCUCAACAGCUGCUGCAACCCCUGGAUCUACAUGUUCUUUGCCGGUCACCUGUUUUGUGACCAGAAGCAGUGCUGCUUCUCCUGCUGCUGCAGACGGACCCCGCCGGCCUCCUCCUGCAGCUGUGAUUGGCAGAGCCGCCCCAACAGGAGCCAGUCCUCCACAUGCGUCACCAAGAGCACCGGCAGCCAGAGGAGCCUCACACGCACGUCCAGCUCUGGGGGCCUGUGACGCUGGACAGCCAGCUAAAAGCUCCCCAUCUCAGGCACUUAUCCAUCUGCAAAUGCAAUGGUUAUAGUUGCUUUUUUUUUUCUUUCUUCUUUUCUUUAGCAAGACAGAUAAUAUAAAACUUGUGUGCAGAUCUUUACUGAUGCCCUUAGAUUUCUCAAAGCACUCAAAGAAUCAAAGCACAUGAAAGUCAUUUCUGUUGCACGGCAGGCUUUAACAUUGCAGCACGUAUCCUUUCUAUGAGCUUUUUUAAAAGUUGUCUGUAAGUCUUGUUCCAAUAGUUGUUUUCCUACUGACCUUAAAAGACGCGUAAUCAUCACAAUAAGAAUAUUAAUGUUGCACAGACAUUCUUGUGACAAAUAACUGAAUCCAGUACUUUAUUUUAAGAGAGGUUGGAAUCUGUCAGAUUAAAACCACAUAUUUACUCUGUUGAAACUGGAACUGAUUCUGUUAUAAUGCUUGUUUACCCCGGCAGUGCAAAACUACUUUGUGCAGAAGAAUUUCACUUUGUGAUCAUAUCUUACGGUGUGGUUUUAGCAACCAAACAAAAAAAAUCAAUUGCAAGAAGAAAAAUCCAUAAGGAAUGCAUUUUACAACAAGCUGGCUUCAAUGUGCACAGCUCGCCGUUCUGUGCUGCAGAUCAAAGGUGUCUGUCCUUCAUGAUGUAAUAUAAAAAUCCCUUUUGUAAAUAGUUCUCAAUGUUCCUCACAUUUGUCUCCAUGUUUUAUAAGCUCCAUCUAUUCUUUUCUUGGUGGUUGGAGUUCAGGGGUAAUCAGUGUGCUUUGAUUUAAUCAUUUACUUAACCUUGAAUAAGGGUUCCCGCUUGUGGUUACUCCUCAUUACUCCAAGUUUCCUCUGUUCAUUUGAAGCAACAUGCCAACUGUUUAUCCUCAACAUGUAGAUAAUAUCAGGAUCUGGAUCAGAUAAUGUGUGUUACUUGGCUUUUUGGUUGUGUUUAAAAUGUUCUUUGACUGUAUAUAGCCUGUAAGAUUGACAAUUAAACAUUGUGGUUAUGGGUUACAUCAUCAGGCUUUAAGGUGAAAAAAAGAGGAAGCACUUUCCAAUACAGUUUCAAUUGGUGUCAUCUGGUACAACUGUAAAUAUACUUACUGUUUAAAUCUCUUUAUGACUGUUAUGUAAUUGUAAGGAAAAAAUAAUAUUGUAAUUAAACCUGUUCAUUUUUGAA